CUGUUCUUCUGUUGGAGUCUGGAAUCUCUCUAUCUCGUUCCGUGUCCGUAUUUUCUUCAUGAUGAAGAAGCUUAGCCUCAACUACGGUCGGGAGGAUGGGUUGGAAACUGUACUGGAAGUAACCAUCCCGGAGGAAAUGUUCGCGUCCAACAAGAACAGCGGCAGAUCUUGGCACAAUGUGAAGUCAUGGAUGCGAUCCCAUGUCGAUAAAACAACACCCUCCGCCGUAGGCUCUCGCAGCACCGAGCUACAGCUCUUGCUAGGCGUGGUUGGUGCUCCGCUCAUCCCUCUCCCUGUUCGUAAUGAUCACUCCUUCAUCACCCGAGACAAAUUCAAAGAUCGUCCCAUUGAGUCUUCGAUGGCCAAAUACAUAGUGCAGCAGUACAUUGCGGCGACGGGAGGGGAUACUGCUUUGAAUUCGAUCAAGAGUAUGUGUGCGGUGGGGAAGGUAAAGAUGGCUGCCUCGGAAUUUAGCGGUGGGGAUGACAAAAAUGGUCACAAAGGGAUAAUGAAGGUUAACAAUAAGGGGGGAAGACAUGGACAUGGACAUGGAGGUGGAGGAGAGGUCGGAGGGUUCGUGCUGUGGCAGAAGAGGCCCGGCAAAUGGUGCUUGGAGCUGGUUCUCUCAGGUUGUAAGAUCAGCGCUGGGAGCGAUGGGAAUGUGGCGUGGAGACAAACACCUUGGCACCAUUCCCACGCUUCCAGAGGUCCACCUCGACCCCUCCGUCGAUCCUUACAGGGUCUGGAUCCGAGAUUGACGGCAAAUUUAUUCUCUGAGUCGGUGUGCAUAGGUGAGAGGAGGAUCAACGAGGAAGACUGUUUCGUGCUGAAGCUGGAAACAGAGGAAUCAUCGUUGAUGGCCAGGAGCGGCAACAACGUGGAGAUCAUCAGGCAUUCGGUGUGGGGGUACUUCAGCCAAAGGACAGGGCUGCUGGUUCAGCUUGAGGACUCCCAUCUCCUCCGUAUCAAGACCGCCAGCGACGACAGUGUCUUCUGGGAAACCACUAUGGAGUCUUUCAUCCAUGACUACCGCUGCAUUGACGGCGUCAACAUCGCCCACGCCGGCCGGACUGCCGUCUCCCUAUUCCGAUUUGGGGAGAGCUCCGAGACCCACUCCCGCACCAGGAUGGAAGAAGUCUGGACCAUCGAAGAGUUCGAUUUCAACGUCGAGGGUCUCUCUAGGGAUUUCUUCUUGCCUCCUGCUGACCUGAAGAAAGAUACAGUCAAAGAACCGCAACGGCAGCAGCAGGAAGAGCAAGAAGGGUGUGGGUAUGAUCAUCAAGUACCCAGCCCCAUUACAGCCAACGCCCGUCUCCUCCCCUUCAGGAACCGUCCGCCUUCCUCCUCCGCCAAGGUCGGCUGUUCUAAGGUAGCGGCCGUUAACGUUGAUGACUUGGAUUCAGUUCCAGUUUCAACACAAGUCGACAGUGAAGAAUUGUAGUUCUCCUCUUCCCGUCUUGUAUAUAGGAU